UGGUACAUAGCGCUGCCAUGGAUGUCCAUUACCAUGAGGAGUUCACGACAAGGCCAUGAAAAUGCCAGAAAUUGUGAAUGUCACCCUAACAGCCGUGGGGCUUCCGUCGUCAGCGAGAACAUCAGCUUGGUCGGUGUCCAGAUUAAGGAGGUCCGGCCAUGGAUUCAACGGGACAUCGAACAGGCCAAGCAGUGCAAGGCAGAUGUCAUGCUGCAAGCCCUCCUACAGCGCGCCUCUUGCGCGCCGGAGACGAAACAGCCCGAGCUCCUGCAAAAGUGCCUGAAGGGAGUUUUACCUGUUUGCAAUGGACAGGUCUCCACUGGAGGCAUAUCCUCUUCGGGCAUCGAGACAGCACUGAAAGAAUACAUAUCUCCAGGAGCAGAAAAUAACCUCUACGGCCCUUUUAUUGAGGUCGCGAACAUCGCGCUCGCUUGUCUUGAAGAGAUCAAGGUCGACGGAAUGGGUGUUCCUGUUACCACCGUGGACAUGAUCUGUCAGCAAAACGAUAUGCCUAUGUACCAAACCCACCAGACGGUGAGAUCAAUUCGGAAGCCUGACGUCGUAAUUCUUCCCUUGAAUAGCACAUGUGCUCCCUUUGAGGAUGAUAACGGUGGCAAGAAGGGCAAACAAAAGGGCAAAAAGAAAGACGACCAGAAGAAUGCCACAAAGGACUAUCAGAGGCGCAAGGCUCGCAUGGUCAAGAAUGCAACGGAAAAGCCGCCAGCGCCACUCCCCUGGAUAGAUGUUCUGGCUUGCAUCGAGUUCAAGAGAAAGACCCCAGGGUGGACGAAAGGGAUCAAAUCACCUCCCUCUUCGUAUACAGUGACAGACCAUGUCCCUACCAAACCAGAAUAUCUGCCGGUGGAUCAUCUUAAGGCUCAAGCCCCGGCGCCAGACCCUUCGCAGGCUCCAGUAACACAACCUGUGUCGGACACUGCACCUGUUCGAUCUUUGGGCCUUACUGCUGCACAGCCUUCCAAGGGCAGGUUCAGCUCCAAGCGCAAGGCUGCAGACACUUUGCAAUCCGCCGGGAAAAAAUCAAAGGUCAACCUCGACGAGCCAGAUGUGACAGUUCAGACUGGUCUGUACGCUGCCGAAAUGUUUGCGGUCAAUCUUGCCGUUCAUCAUCUGAUCAAUUUUAUUGUCAUCGACGAUGUGAUCUGGACCUGGUAUUAUGAUCGCCAGGGCACCAUUCAAAGCUCAGGCGUCAACUUCAUUCAAGACCUCUCACGAUUCAUGGUGCUGUUGUAUGCCUUGCAACGCUUCAGGGCUCAUGAUUGGGGUCGAAACAGGGACUUCUUCCCAGUUCAAGCUGAGCGGAAACCAUGCUAUGAAUUCAAAAUCAAGGAUGAAAAACUUGGAGAGGUGGAUCUGCUCCUUCAUACCAGCCACGACGAAAGAGUGACGCACUACGGACUGCAAGGAAGGGCCACUAAUGUGGUCCUUGUCGCUAGCGAAGCGCUCAGGAAGAAACACGGCAACUUACAGGAUGGUAUGGUGGCCAAAAUAUUUUGGGGAGAGGCGGAUCGUACUAGCGAGCCGGAGAUCCUGAAAAAGGUCGAGGGGAUUGCUAAGGGGCACGCAACUGUCCAAGGUCAUGUUCCCGAGUUCCUUUGGUACCACACGUUCACGCAUCCCACGUCCGCCAUCCGAGAAGCGCUUGGUGUUCCGGAACCCACCACGGGCAGUCGCAUGCUCUACAUUCUUGUAUUCCGGAAGCUCCUACCCAUCACGAAGCUCUACGGCAAAGAGCUUUUUGAUGUCUGGCGUCAGUGUAUUUUGUGCCACCUUACUCUACGGAAGGAAGGGGUCUACCAUCGAGAUGUCAGCCCUGGAAAUUUGAUGUGGUAUUGGAAAGAUGGGAGGCGGAUUGGUGUCCUCAACGACUACGAUCUAUCCUCGUUGGCGAAUGACCGAGGACCUCGGGGCAACGAAUGCACGGGCACGGUGCCGUUCAUGGCGCUCGAUCUUCUAUCCGCCAAGGGUCAGCAAGGCGAAGUCAAACACCUGUAUCGCCAUGAUCUGGAGUCAUUUACGCAGGGAAUCCUUCUACCAGCGGAAUUGCGCCCCUUGGAUGAAUGGGCGACAUUAAACCCUGUGACAUGCGGCGAAAAGAAAUAUGUUUUUCUAAGUCACCUGCGAAUUCAUUAUCCCUCGGACAUCGAUUCACGCAUAGGGAUGUUUCUUGUGGAGUGUGUGGAGGUGCUUCGAGAAUAUAUCAGCCGUAGAUCGGCUCGGCUCGAUCGUCUAAUUGCCCGAGGAAUAGUCGAGCACUCCAACGACGAGGAAAUUGAAGAUAUCGAUGGGUUUCUACAUAUGUUUACAGACUUGCCGAGCUGGGUUGAACUCAGCAGCCUUUCGCAGUGAUUUUUUUGCUUGUACAUACGUUGCCUUUGCCGAUCGCAGUACGUAUAACCUCCAGUUGUUUAUGGGUAGAAUAAGUAUCGCAAGCGGCCACUUUACGGUGUAGAUAUCAUUAUCAGUGUGGUGAAUCACUGUCGCUCAUGCACAU